AUGAAAAUGUUAUUUUAUUUACAGAGCACUAAGCAAGAACUAUCCAAUUAUUUAGGAUUUUCUAGUCUUCCCAAUCAAGUUCACAGAAAAUCUGUGAAAAAAGGAUUCGAAUUCACAUUAUUGGUGGUGGGUGAAUCUGGGUUGGGUAAAUCCACUUUGAUCAACAGUUUGUUUCUAACCGAUCUGUAUCCUGACAGAUAUGUACCAGAAGCUAAAGAGAAAAUAGAACAGACUGUUUCAAUAACCACAUCCACUGUAGAAAUAGAAGAAAAGGGAGUAAAGCUGAGAUUAACUGUUGUGGAUACACCAGGAUUCGGAGAUGCUAUUGAUAAUACUGAUUGUUUCACUUCCAUUAUUCAGUACAUUGAAGAUCAGUUCGAAUGUUUUCUGAGAGAAGAAAGUGCGCUAAAUAGAAGGAAUAUUGUCGAUACUCGAGUUCACUGCUGUUUUUAUUGCAUUUCUCCAUUCGGACACGGUCUUAAGCCACUCGAUAUUGCUUUCAUGACACAUCUUCACAACAAGGUUAAUCUUAUACCUCUAAUUACAAAAGCGGAUGCUCUGACUAAGACAGAGUUAACUAAACUGAAAGCUAGAAUAAUGAGAGAAAUAGUAGACAAUGGUAUUCGAAUCUACGAUUUUCCUGAUUGCGAUUCUGAUGAAGAUGACGAAUAUAAACAACUAGUCUGCGAGUUAAAAGAAGCCACGCCAUUUGCCGUUUCUUCCGCUUUGCAAACAUAUGAAGUAAGAGGCAAUAAAGUAAGAGGUAGAGCUUAUCCUUGGGGAAUACUCGAUAUAGAAAAUACAGAACACAGCGAUUUUUCAAAAUUAAGAUCGAUGUUAAUAACCCAUAUGCAAGAUUUACAAGAAGUUACUCAUGAGCUUCAUUACGAAACAUAUCGUUCGGAUCGUCUAGCAGACAAAGGAGCCACUGUAUGGCGCAAAACACCUGUUCGACCAGAAGAAACGGAGAAAAUCUUGAAAGAGAAAGAAGCCGAACUAAGCCGUAUUCAAGGCAUUUUAACUAGAAUGCAAAUGCAAAAAGAAAGUAAAACCUCCACCAAUUAUUAAAAAUAUUCACUAUUGAUUUAAAAAAGUUAAAAUUCUUAAGAGAAACCGAUUCACUAGAUACAAAAUUUAAAAAUUUUGUUAAUUCACUAUUAAACAAAUAAAGAAAUUCAUUCAAAAUUUGAAAUAAAAGUAUUAUUUUUUUUUGGAUUUCAAAAAAAUUUCAGAUUUCUUCAUUCCUUGAAUAAAAAGCUGCAGAAUUGUCUUGCGUUUUAUUUGUAGUUCUUCCAUAGCUAACAGAACAAUGACCUUAUACAGAAAAUUUCUACCUUACCUUGUAUAAAAUUGGAAAAGAUUAAACAGAGAAUAGAACCGGAAUGGAAAUUUAAACGAUAGGCGCAAAAAACUAGGCGUUACUUUAGCUAAGCAGAACAGAACAUUAAGAAAGAAAAAUGAAGAAAAGUUUACGUGAAGCAAAAUAUGAAUAAAGUCUAGCAGAAUUUCAAAAACCAGUUACAAAGAAAUUAGCUGUUCCUGUAGAUGUUAGAAAAGUUAUGAAAACCCUUGAAGAUGCUAUAAGUUCAUAACAAUGCGAUGAUAAAAACUUAUUUUUAACGAAAAAAUCGAUAAAACAAGCAUGAAACACAAGAAAAUUAAGCAAAGCCAUCGUUAAA